UAGGGCUCCUCUCAAGAUGUGGUACCUCGUAGCUGCAUUACAUCCAAAUCCACCAGUCCUUUUAUGAAUGACAACUGAAGGAUGGAUGGCUAAUGCCGCCAGGAAAACGGACCAUUAUUUCCUCAGAUUGUUGAAGCCACAAAUCUCAGCAGAACCUUCCAGUCUCCAAACUGGGGCUGCUCGAUACAUGAAACAGAACAGCUAACACCACAUGUAAGCUCAAUCCAACUCUUAAAAAACAGAUACAGAACAAUGGCAGUGACAACCAGAUUGACAUGGAGUGAGGAGAAAAGUCUGCAGAAGAUGCUUGGGAAUGUGUCCUUGAGACUUCUUUAUAAGUCUAGUGUCCAUGACAGUAACAUUUCUGGAAUUGAGGAUGAUAUGAACUACAUAAGCCAGAUAACAAGAGCCACGAAGCACAGAAAUCCACUUCUAGCCGAACUCAGAGCCUACAAGCCCUGUGUAGACUUUAUUUCAGAAGUUCGUAUUCUCUUGCUGGGUCCAUCUGGGUCUGGAAAGUCUAGUUUUAUCAAUUCAGUGAAGUCUGUUUUCCGAGGCCAGGUGACUCACCAAGCCACAGUGACGUCUGAUGUCACCAGCAUUACUGGACAGUAUAGGAUAUAUCCUAUUAAAGAUGGGAAAGAUGGCAAAUAUCUGCCAUUUAGGUUGUGUGACUCCAUGGGGCUACAUGAGAAAGAAGGAGUAGGCUUGUGUGUGGAUGACAUACCCUACAUCUUAAAAGGCUGUGUGCCAGACAGAUACCAGUUGAGCCCCAAUAAACCAAUUACGCCCAAUCAUCCUACCUGCAUCAGCUCUCCAUCACUGAAGGACAGGAUUCACUGUGUGGCUUAUGUCUUAGAUAUCAAUUCUAUCAAUGAUCUCUCCUCUAAGAUGGUGGCAAAGUUCAAACAAGUUCAAAGAGAAGUCUUGAGCUGUGUUACAGCAUGUGUCCUCUUGCUUACUAAAGCGACCAAUUGCAGUGAAUUUCUUCAGGACAACUUUUUAAACAUGGAUAAACCUAUGACUUCCCAAAGCCAGAUAAUGCAUGUCAGCAAAAUGCUAAAUGUUCCUAUUUAUAAUACCUUUGUGGUUGAAAAUUAUACAUCAGAGUGGGAGCUGGACCCUUUAAAGGACUCUCAGAUCCUCUUUGUGCUGAGGCAGAUGUUACAGGUAGCAGAGGACUUCUUUGAGGACUUGCCUUGAGGAAACAGGUGAUCUGGCCCCUUUAUGCCCCUUUCAUAAAGCAUGGUGCUUUGUGAAAAUCCCAGAGUUCUACCUCACUGGAUGGCUGAUGCCCAUCAGCUUGCUCUAGACCUGACAGCCAUGUUAGGAUAUGUGCUUUGUUUCUAUUUUUUUAUUUUGUUUUCAGACAAAAUUGUAGGAAUGUUCCAGCUCUCCAUGUUACAUCAGUUGCCUUGGUUCUGAUACUUGGCCCAAUCCUGGAUUGGCAGGCCCCGAUGAGAGUCAGUCUCUGCUGACAGCCUCCUUAUGACUUCUGCUUUCAUUCAUGUUUUGCCUUUGGUCCCUGACAGCAUCUAACUGAUGGUUUCUUCUAGGAUCAGUCAUAUCUCAAGCUCAAAGGUCAACCCUGAGCAGUGGUGGGCCAAGAUAUGCCCUACCGCAAACCGCCAUUUGAGAUUUUAAUUUCUGUGACAUUUUUCUCAACCUUCCCAGCAAAAUUGACUAUCCCCUUACUUAUUUGUCUUUAGCACUUUAUUUAGAACUCUAUGUGAGUACUAAUACUUUGAAUAACAAUUUAAAAAUGGUUACAUGGAUAUCCACUUCCCUAGAUUGUGAGUUCUUUAAGAAGCAGGGUUUGGAUUUUACAUACCUUUGUAUUAACAGAACUUAGCACAGCGCCUAAUAGCGAGCAAGCAUGCCUGCCAUUAUGCAUCCCUCCCAACUUUCCCAGACUGAUAACAUGUACUGAAAAUUUUUC